AAAAACAAAACCAAUUUAUGUUCGGGCAGUGGAGUGUAGUCAUAGAUUUGGUCUCCCCACUGGAAACUGAAACUUUGCAAGGUCAGUGAGAGCUGCCUCCUGGCGUUUUUCUCGCGUUAGGGUUUUCAUUCGCUUGGGUUUUUCCGCCGGGUAUUAGCGUUGUGGUUUAUUUGGAUGUAGCGUCUCGGUGAUGUAGAGUGAAAAGGGUUGAAUUCUUUCGGAUUUUGAUGAAGUUAUGGAGAAUUGAAGUUUUAGGAUGGAUUCCGGAACGGUGAUACUGGACAUAAGCUCCGAUGAGGAGGAAGAUUUUGGGGACACAACGGAAAGCAGUGAUUUUGGAGUUGGUGGUGGUGAAUAUGAAGAUGUUGAUUAUAGUUUGUUGUCUAAGCUGUUGGGUGACAUUGGUGGAAAUAAGGAGAAUGAUACUGAUUCUGAUGAAGUGGUGAUGGUAAAUGAGGUGCUUCCAAAAGCCCCCAAGAACCUUAGAAUUGAGCCUUUGAACCCAUCAACUAAAGUUGUUGAUGAUGAGAGUGAUGAUGAUGACUGUGUGGUUUUGGAUGAUGACCCAGAUAAGCCGGUGGUGAUGGCGAGCUGUAAGGCUGAUCAUGCUGAUGCUGCUGAUGAUGAUGAUGAUCUGAAAAUUGUGGGCGAGAAGGGUGAGGUUGCGUGCAGGGACUUUCCUCACUCACGGCAUCUUUGUGUUAGAUUUCCCUUUGCUUCUACUCCUCAUGCGCUCCACUGUGGCCAGUGUCAUUGUUAUGUUUGUGACUCACUGGCUCCAUGUUCCCAUUGGGGCACCGGCUUUUCCAGUAUUGACCAUUGUCAUGCUAGUGAUAAAGAUGAUUUUUGGCGAGCAGAGCGGAAACGUAUAAAGAAAGGUGGUAGGCCUCUGCCAAUUUUUCCUAGUAUCCGUGGUGCCUCUCCUCUAGAAGCACCUAAUCAAACAAUUCAAGUUCCAGUACUAGCUCCAUCGCAUCUCAACUCUUUGCUGCAGAAUCAGAGCUUAAGUCCAGUCACAAACCACCCUCGUCCUGUGGCAUCCAAUGUUAAUGUGUCAAAUGCGGUCAAUGAAGCCAGAGUCCACCCAUCUUUAUGUAUUGUUCCCAGGCCUAUACCUCAAUCACAGUUCUCCCUGCAGUCACAACCUACAUCAAACAACAAUGUUGCAUCAGGAGAUAAAAUUCACAUUGUGGGAAGCCAAAGUUUUCAGUCCUUUCCGCCUCGUGCAGUCUUCAAGCGGCCUGGUUUAGUUGGGGCUUCACUGAAUAAUAGGCAUUCAUAUGGGCCUCAAUUAUCCAGCGACCCAUCUCUACAGAGGUGUCAUUCUUUUCAGGCACCUGUGUUAAAUGCAAGGCAUGGCUUGACUCAGCAAAGUGGAGGGAGUGGUUCUGAUCAUUCUGCUUUUUAUCAGCCCAAAAUUUCUACUCCACAGAGCACAGAUGUCAGUUGUGCAAAAGACCCACCUUCACAACCUCAAAUACACUCUGAGCCAUACUCAAGUUGCCUGUUUAGAGAUCCAAGACAGUCUCAAAUGCCUUCUCAACCACAUGUGAACCGCAAGAUUGUGAAUGCAGUGCCUUUACAACCCCAGGUAGCACCUAUGCCCAGUGUGAAAAACUCUGAGAAUUUGAUUCUCCCCCAGCCCUAUGUUGCAUUUGAGCCUGACAGUCCUCUACCAUCUCAGACACUUUCAUCCUACCAGUCAGCAGACAGUGGUUUUGGAGAUCAACCGCAUACAAGAUCCAUGAUGUCUUCCCAUUCCCAUCUGGCUAGUGGCUUUCCAAGUCAAUCUUCUCAACUUCAACUACAUGAUAAUCCUAUUUCCGUGUUCAUUGAUGGCCAAAAUGAAAUGCGGCAAGGAAACAGAACUCAGAAUGCUAUACAAGCAAGUCUAGCAGAUUUUGUUGAUCCCUGGGAUUCUCCUGUCAACCAUGGCAAUCCACAGAUUCAUGCAGAGGUCUUCCCCCAGUAUCAAUGCACAGCUCCAGCUGGUUAUUCUCAGUUACAAAGUAUAGCAAAAGAUAAUUAUCGUCAGAGUAUGGCACCUCAAGACAAUUUCCAUCCACAAACUGUAGCAGUAGCAGAUAAUUCCUCCCUAAGUUAUAAUACUCACAGCCAGCUUCCUGAAAGUAGGAAACCACACUCGUUGAAAUUGCAGUUGGAUGACUGGACGUUCGGGAAUCAUUCUUUACCAGAAGGUUUUGAAGUUAUGUCUCCUGAUUGGAAUGCACCCUCGCGUUGACCUGAUUCUGUAGACACAGGCACCCUAUUGAUAUUUAAAGCGUGGAGUGGAAAUCCAUGUUUCUCUGAUCACAGUGAACUUGUUUGGUUUUUUAUUUUGGGUAUACUCUUUCUGAAUGCUAAGUGCACAAAUUGCCUCCUCCGAGGUUUCUGUACAGAAGAAAAUCUGUCUGAAGAUCUUUUUCUUUUAUUAAUUCUGAGUAAUUGAUAUCAUUCUAGUUA